AUGUAUCAAAGAUCACACAGUGCCACAGACGUUCGUUUGGGUUGGUCAGAUUCCCUCAAAAAGUUCAAGUCUCAGCGCUACGUCAAGCGCAUUGCCCCUUUUCGGUCCAUCUCGGAUAGCAAGCAGACGUAUCUAGGCCCUCAGAAGAACACUUUAACAAAACCAAGCUACCUGAAUGCCAACAUCAUUCAAAAGGCUCUGUUGCAGAUGGUGCAACGCCAUAAAAGCUCAAAGCAGGUAGCAGCAGCAGUCCAGCAAAAGAAUCAGGAAGAAUCAGGUAGCAAUACUCCUGAAUUGUCUAUCAACGAACAAGAGCACAGUGCUGUACUUUCCGCUCCUUCUCUAGACUCCUCCAUCUCUUCUUACAAUGACAGCGAGCAUUCAUUUGACAUGGACCACAUUGUGCAAGAGCUGCUGGACAAUGACAAUACGAGUUUUUACUGCCCAAGCAAACAAGACGAGUAUGACGAAGAAGAAGAAAACAUUGUAGACAGAGCCGUAGCGAUGCUCAACAGCCAGGGAAAAAGUUCAACGUGCCCAAACUUGACAAGUAUAGCAAACAGCUCGGACAUGGGAUACCAGCAUGAUGAUGAGGAGGAGGUUGAUGAACAAGAAGAGCAACAGAGAUCCUUGCCUCCUUUGCCUACCAAAGAAGAAUCAGAGCUCGCCAUCAGCAACAAUAGCAUCGAGUUGUGUAGCAAAACAAGUAUGCUGAAACGACAGGCCACCAUCAAGAUGGCACGUGCAGCUUCAAGGGGACAAAUUCAUCUCAAACGUGCUGCUACUUGGUUAGGCCAGAAGAUGCUGCUUGCCUCUCCUCAAAUGCAAAAUUUUGGUCUGCUAGUGUCUCAAAAGUACCAUUCAGUUACUAAUUUUGGAGGCAAUGCCAUGUUGCGAUUGAAUAGCACCAGCCAUUUCGACACCUUCCCGCCUGCGCUGUCCAUGAGCGCUUCUUCCGCCUACACCAGUGCCUACAGUCUAUCCAGCAGUGUUGAUCAAGAACAGCAGCUACAGAUGCAGCCGCAAAAGGCUAGAAAAUUGGGAUUUUCAGAGCAAGUGAUCUAUGGUACAGACGCUGAUCAUUUUGCGUAUCUGAGAAAUCAAUUGGACAAGAAACACUCACCUUCCACUAAACACACUGCCAGUGCCAUGAACAAGCGCACCUUUGUUGCGCCAAAGAGAAUCAUGUAUUGCCGAGUCAUGCAGAUCAUAAAUCUUGCUUCCACUCGUGAUUGCGAUUAUGAGUUGCACGUUCAACUAAACCAUGUGACAAUGGCGUCCAAACGUGGCGUAUUGCGUAAAGUAGAUAAACAUGCCAGUGCUGAUAGACCUUAUGAUGAAGCCCUCGUAUUCCAAGUGGAAGAACCAUUCUCACUCAAUUUUGUCGUUGCAGCUCGCCAUACCAACACUGUGUUCCGUGAAGGAUUAGCCAAGAUAGGCAUUUGGCCACUCCAAUCAACUGCCACAGACUCAGCAGCUUCUUCAAAGCAGAAAGCAUUGCCACAACUACCCAUUGCUGGCUACACUUGCCUCAACUUUGAAAACAAGAUGGACAUCUUGGAUCAAGGAAUAUCUCGAUUUAGGUUGAACAAGCCUGUGGAUAAAUCAUCGAACCGUUGGUUGAACCUCGAGUUACUCAUAGACAUCAAAGUGGAGGAAGUAUUGCCUGCUGUUGUUCAUCGUUUCCCAUGGUCUUACACUACAAAUCAAUGUCCUUCCUCUUCUUACGAAAGCAUUGACGAAAAAAUUAUCUCGGAUCCCAGAGAGUUACUCGUGUCUCAAAAGCACUGUCAAGAGGGGGACUACUUAACGAUUUAUACCAGAGGAAUGGCACAUCCUACUUGGAAACGUUAUUGGGUUGUUAUGGAGAAAGAUCAAUUGGUUUUGCAUGAUUUCACAUUCAAGGACACAAAGCAACCGUUGAGCAUUAUCUCGCUGAGUGCGUUGCUAUCUGUAGGCAAACCAAGUAUAGACGACUGUGAAAAUGUCGGCAUUGCCAGAAAGACUGGUAUCAUGCUGCAGUUCAACAGAGCAAGCGCAGUAUUAUCAGAGCCUGUUCGACUUGAGAGCGAUGAGGGCUUGGAAGGGAAAGCGUAUGUAUAUGGUGAUAGCGAGCAGAAUACGGUUCACUGGCGCAGAGCGUUGAGUGCAUACGUUUCGUCAGACGAGGCAUCAAGUAAAGUAGAGACGCAUCAGCAUAGCCAAGGUGGUGUUGAUUUGCGCUUCUUGUGGUGA